AAAUAAACCACGGCUAAAUCAAUAUUAGGUGAAACAUUGUGCAGAUAAAAUCUGCCUGGGAUAAUUACGCAGUAAUUCAGGUUUAUGUAUUCCAAACAUAUCGUGUUUCAAUAACAAAAUGGAAGCCUACAUUGAUGGCUGUAAAACAUUGAUUUAGUAAAUGUGAAAAUCAAGUUGAUUAAAUUGCAGAAUGGAGCCGAUGACUGUGAAUGUGUUUUUAAAGUUUGUGCUUUUUGGCUUUGUUCUUGGAGUCUCUAUAGGCUCAGCAAACUCCAGCUGUUUCGAUUCAUCUACAGAUCUUUGCGAUGGAGUUAUACCUGACAUUCCAUAUUUGGCGACUAGAGACCCAACAGUUAUGGUAACCAACGUAACGUUUAACUGGAUAUUUUGCGACGUUUAUGCAAUUAAUACAAGCAUGUGGUACAAGAGCAAAACUCCAAUGAGUACAAGUUGUCCUUCUAUGUUCAUGUGUGGAACAAAAUUUCCCAUCUGGAUGGACGGUCAAAAUCCGGAUACUCAUGACGGGCUGGUAAAUCGGACAUCUUGUUUAAGAGACUUUGACAGCUGUUGCUUACAUACUUACAAACUUGCCGCAAUCAACUGUGGGGAGUUCAUGGCGUAUUGUUUUGUUGAUCUGCCGUCAAAUUGCCAUCAGAGAUACUGCUUUGAUGUGAAGAAAUCGGAACCAAAUACCGACAUAACUCACACACCAACGCUUUUGCAAACUGAAGCGACGUUGUCCAAUGUCUCCUCACCAAAGAUAACACAGCCAGCAAAAGCGACUAUCUCUCUUCCUGAUACUGAUCCUCAUCAAUGGCCGCCAGGGUGA